AUGGCGUAUCGAAUACUAGCUUGGUUCAGUUUAAUUUCUGUAAUUACAAUAGCCUUACUAGGGUUUGGGUUAUACUUAGCUCUGCUAACGUUUUUAAUAUCAUUUAUAGCUGGAGUUCUUACAAUCUUACAUUUGAACUUUGAUAGUAGGAAGAUAUUUUCUUCAGAUAUAGAUUGUUUGGAUGAUCCUCUUCAGCUAACAAACUAUUCUAUUCAAUCUCCAAAGAUCCUGCAGUUAUUUCAAAAUAAUAAACCAUGGCCAAAAUUUGAUAACAGAAUUACGGGAAGUGAGACUGUUGACUCAUUUCUUAACGAAAUAAUCACAAUAAUAAUUAAUGACUAUGUGACACCAUGGUAUGAAGUUCUAACUGAUGAUCAAGAGUUCACAGAUCAUGCAAUUAAACAAACAGUAGUAAUAACAAGUGCUAAUGUUACAAAUAGAAUAAAACUUGUUGACUGGAUAUACUUAUUAUCAACAAAGUUUCCAGAAGAAUUAACAACUCAUUUAAAGUUAUUUAAACAAUCAAGGGUCAAAUUGAAACAUAUACAAUUACUUAGUGCCAAAGAAGUUGCCAAUGGGUCUUCAAAAUUGAGCCCAAAAAAACAAGACGAAAGAAAAGCUCACAGGAGAAAUAAAAGUGAUACAGAUUUGUCCUGGGCCCCAGAUUCACAAACAUUUGGAAAAUCAAAAUUCUAUGGGAGUUCAGAAAACAUAGGUAGCACUAAUUUGAAAGAUAUAUUUUUUGACUUGGAGUGUGCAAUGGAGAAUAAGCUGCUUUGCAGGGACACCUUCUGCUUGGAUCCUGAGAAAGAGUAUUCCUUUCUAUGUGAAGUAUCAGAAGCACUACUAUAUUUGGUUGCCCCAGAAGAAGCCUGGAAAUGCCACGCCUUAAAACUGAUUAUAAUAGAGCUGCUUUCAUCAAUUGUGCUGAAACCUAUAUUCAACAUGUUGAGCGAUCCUGACAAUAUUAACAGAGCGAUUAUAAGAACUUGUUGCCGCGACUCGCUGUUGCCGUCAGAGUUGUUUCUCCUAGUUGUAAGGACAUGCGCGGACGCAGAAGAACUAGACGCGACGUUGGAAUUGGUUCAGAAGGAUAUACAAAAACUGCAUUCCAAAGACAGUGCCGGUGAAUGGGAGCUCCAAGAUCGUCAAAAGCUGUCUUCGCUGCAGUACUUGGCUCGGAUCAUUCAAGCCAGAAGAGCUACCAUGGGACCACAAGAAGGUACAAACAACGCGAGCACAGAGAAGGUGUCCGAAGAAGUUCUGCGGUCUCUGAAGUUCUUACGGGCGACGGCCGCUUGGAGGUCCAACGCCCAAUAUCUUCUGGAGAUCGAGAUGAAUGAAACCGAAUUUUAUUUUGUCAUCUCCUGUCCUAAGGAUGACCCGACUUGGCAGGCGGAUUUCAUGUUAGAUACAGAGCAAGAUGGGGCAGACAGAAGUCAUAGUGACUUGAGAACGACAAAAGCCGAAGGCAAAAAAUAUGGAGAAAAAUGCAAGCGACUUAUGAAGACGUGUUUCAAUCAAUUGCCCAAAUUAUUCCAAAAAUCCAAAUAUAAAUACGAAAGUCCUAACAAAUCCCUGACAUUCCCACGAUCCCUUACUCGAAGGAUUCCCGCUUACAAGAACCACACUAUCCCUAAAUGUGCUAACGGUGAUGUGGUAUUGCCCGUACCUGGCUCGAGGCAUAACAGAUCGCGGUCAGACAUUGUAGGCAAUUUCGCUCACAAAAUGCUCGAGAGCGUAGCAGUAGGAGCAUCAAGUUUAUCAGCUGGGCCCUCAAACAGCCUGUCAAUGUCACAAACGGAAAUAAGUGGGAGAGCCAAAAACUAUUUAUCGCCGCUCUCUGCGUACAUUAUAGAAACAGCGCUGGUCCAAGAUAAGGGAAGAACAUUCGGAAUUUACGCAAUAGCAGUGACAAGAUCGUCAGAUAACGAAGUGUGGCAUAUUUAUAGGAGAUACAGCGAUUUUUAUGAACUGCAUUCUGCUGUUAAAGAUAAGUGGCCGGAACUCGGUAAUCUGCCGUUUCCAGCCAAAAAGACAUUUCAAAAUACAUCACGUACAGUACUGGAAAAUCGGAAGCGGAUGUUGAAUAGUUAUUUGCAGCACUUGACAAGUAUCUCAAGGGAUUCACGAUACAUAGCGUUGCUGUCGCCGGCCUAUCUUGGUGGAUUUCUCAGUCCCGAAAUACAGACCGAGAGACAUGGCAACACUAUUGAUGCUCUCCUAGUAAACUCAAUCAAAGCGGGAAUGCGGACACUCAAAAGCAUGCCGGACCAGUUUGCGAAUACCGUGGAUGGAGUUAUGGAUGGUAUAUCAAAAGUAUUUCAAGGCAAAAGCGUCGAUAAUGACUACGAUUUCAAAAGAGACGCUGCCUCGGAAGGUCAAGAUGACGGAGAUGAGAGCGUACCAUUGAAGUUAUUGGAAGAAGUACUGGGGAUACGCGGCCUUUGGCUUAGGAGGCGUCUUCUGGCUCCUGUUAGGACGCUCAUAGCCGAUCGAGUCAAUAAGAAAGUUUUAGAACUGAUUGCAGCGCUUACGUCGCCGCGUAAUGUCGUGCAGUAUUUGAAAUCAUUCAAACAAUGGUUAACCAGCCGUAAUAACUCCACUACUCCAAGUAGGGAUUCUGCGACCAAAGCCAGGACGAGAGUCGCGGCUAAAGUGGCGCUUCUAGCGGCGGCACCAGACGAUCUUAAACACAUAGUGGGAACGGACGCAGCGCGAAGGGGUCUCCUUACAGUUUUCGACUUGUUUCAAACGCAAGAAAUUAAUAAGCGGCUAUUAUUAGUAUUGUUAGAAGUGGCCUUGUGUAAUCUAUUCCCUGAUAACAACGUACCGGAGAUAUUUAAAAAAUUAUACUCAAAUUCGACUCGCAUUUCACUUCCUAAGAAAUCUGUUAACACAAAUACCCUAUGA